UUCCAACCCAGAAGCCGGCUUUUGACUCCCUGCGCGGCGCAUGCGUACACACACCUGCUGUGUCGCACAGCGCUCCCAGGACCGUGACUCAGUUCAACCCAUACGCCUGGUAAGAAAAAAAGGUCAGCUGAGCCUGGCGGUGCCAGCUGUUCGGGAAGACAGCCCUUGAAAGCUGAACAACUUAGCUGUGGUGAGACUUUUCAGUUCACCAGCGUGGCAAAAGGAAAUUAUCGCGAGAUCUGGGAAGGGGCCUGCGCUCUGCACUAAGAUGGCAACGCCGGAGACCGUGUUUCCUCAAAACCUCGGCCACAAGAGACACCGAGCUGCCUUCAGGAAGGAGAAACGCAAGAGACGCCGGCAGAACAAGGCUCGGCUGAGAGACCUUGCAGCCCCGCGGGAGGACGACGACGACGACGUAGCGUCUGCUGACGAGGAACUGGCGGACAGACUGCAGGAGAUGGAGCGACAGAAGCUGCAUGAAGAGUGGCUGCAGAGGGAGGAGAAGGCUCAGGAGGAGUUCCGAGCGAAGAAGGAGAAGGAGGAAGCCGCUCGGAGGCAGAGGGAAGCGCAGGAGAGCCGGGCGCAGUUGGAGAGGGAGGAGCGGCAACUGAGGGAGGAGCAACAGCGGGAGAGGCGAGGGGGGGAGGGCGCCGUGCACCAGGCGCUGGGCCAGGCCGACGCUUGGCAGAACCCGGAGCCGCCCGGGGAGCUGCGGCUGGAGAGGCCCCGGGCCAGCUGCCCCUUCUACAGCAAGACCGGGGCGUGCCGGUUCGGCAGCAGGUGCUCCCGGAAGCACGACUUCCCCGCCUCGAGCCCCACCCUGCUCGUCAAGAGCAUGUUCACCACGUUCGGGAUGGAGCAGUGCCAAAGGGACGACUACGACUCGGACGCCAGCCUGGAGUACAGCGACGAGGACACCUACCAGCAGUUCCUGGACUUCUACCACGACGUGCUGCCCGAGUUCAGGAACGUGGGCACGGUGGUUCAGUUCAAGGUGAGCUGCAACUUGGAGCCGCACCUGCGGGGCAACGUGUACGUGCAGUACCGGUCGGAGGAGGAGUGCCAGGCCGCCCUCUCUCUCUUUAACGGACGGUGGUACGCAGGGCGACAGCUCCAGUGUGAGUUCUGCCCGGUGACCCGCUGGAAAAUCGCAAUUUGUGGCUUAUAUGAAAUGCGAAAGUGUCCUAAAGGAAAGCACUGCAACUUCCUUCACGUGUUCAGGGAUCCCAACAACGAGUUCAGGGACGCUAACAGAGACGCCCACCUGUCUCCAGCGAGGACUGGCUGCCCCGGGAACUCCGCAGACAGGAGGGCAAGGAAGGACCGCCAUGGGGAACACUCAGGCAAGUCAAGGGCCUCCCGCUCCAGUCCACACCGCUCCUCCAAGAGGGACAGGGAGCCGGAGAGGAAGAGUCCGCACAGGCGGAAGCGGUCUCGCAAACGGGAAACGAGGAGUCGCGAGAGGCACAGCUCAAGGAGAGGAAGGGAAGAGGACAGCAGCCCCGGCCGCCAAAGCCUGAGCCACAGACCCUGAGCCAGGCUGAGACAGCGUCGCCUGGGCCCAAGACCUGAGACCAGGCGACAACGAAACUCCUGCAGAGUAAAAGCCGAACCCUGUAUCCUUCAAACAAAACUGACCGCAAAGGAAAGGCAUGCUGACUCAAUCUCAACCCCAACUAAGUUACAGUCUUGUGGCCUUAGCAGAGACACCACCAGUCUGAGGAAGACACCGCAGCAGUAGGAAACAAAAGGAGCGUGAAAGCAUCCCAAAAGGAUGGAAGAGCAGGCCCACGCCUGAUGAUAACACAGGGGCCACUUUCAACAAGGACAGCGGCUUCCAGCUCCAUUCUGUUCCUCACUGAAGGGCCACAAGCCUCCCUGUCCCCAGUCUCCCAGGUCCUCACUGUGGACUAAUGCAAGCGCCCAACAUGGGCCCCCUCCUCCAGGGGUGAUGCCUGCCUACAGUGAGGACACCCAUGGGGACGACAUGCCCUUGACUCCCAGGCCCCCAACAAUAAGACAGUGCUCACCUGGCAUGGCACGACUCAGAAAGAGCAGGGGAGUUGUCGGGUCUGUGUGCUGUUUCACUAGGAGACUAUGGUGCUGCACCUGGACUCCCCCAUCUGCCAUACCUUCAUUUGUAUCGUGAACUGGGAAAUAAAAAUGUUAGCUCCUUUAUUUUAAAAACAAA